AUGAGUUUGUCUUCAUCCAGUUCGCGGUCUAGCGGCAAAUCGAACGCAACAUCUCCUCUAGCAAGUGAAAGUAUCAGUAGCAGACAUCUACUUCACGUUCCACUCGAACAUGAGCAGCGCUUACGAUGUAACUCAAACUCCAGUUUAAAUAAAAUGGACCCCAACAGCACCUGGAGUAGCUCAAAGAGUAGCACAAAGAAUAGCACAAAGAGCAACAAUCCAAAGCAAUCCCUCUCCGGUCUUCGCCUACAAGAUUCCUUCGGCAGAUCGUUAUCGUUCAGCAAUUUAUUGGUCAUCGACAAAAACGACAAGCUAAAAUUAAAAACUACCAUCGGUGAUGUUGUUAAUCUUUCGCAAUCCAUUACUCAAUUGGAGAAGGGUGUAUACACAGCUCCAAAGAAAAUGUCACUUCAAGAGAAAAAAGAGCUCGCCGCUAAGAACCACAAAAAACUGGAAAAAUUAAACUUUAAUGUGUUUACCGAAUGGAAUCCACCGACGAGGCCACCGUCGAGAGUCCACCUCAACGCUGAUACGAUAUCAGCCGGAUCAACCAACUCGUCAAGUAGCUACAGUAGUACUAGUGGUGGUGGCCUAGAUCGAGUCACAAGCGACUGGUCAUUGAUGUGGUCACUGAAAAAUCAUUCCACCAUUACCACCAACAAAAAUGGCGUCAACAAAAUUGCAGCUGAUGUCCAGAACAGACAAGCGACAGUUAGCUGCGUGAAAGGGACGUGCUUCAUGAGGAACGGCCACAGCAUCGUCACAGCAGAACCGACAGCGAACCGACUGCAAGUUUUCAGCGUAAGAAACGGAGGCGUCCUUUUGGCAACCAUCAGCAGCAAAAGCGAAAACUCUGAAACGGCGAAUUCAGUGAGAAACUACGAAACCGGCAGGAAUUUAAAUUUCAGACCACAUGCGAUUUGCGAGACCGCCCAUGACAACGACCAGGUUGCAGUCUCCGACAGAGAUCAAGUUUAUUACUUGACUGUUGCCAAUGACAAAUGUCAGAUAGAUCAUGAGAUCCCGAUGCGCCAUAGAAAGAACAUCACUGGUCUGGCCUGUGUCAAUAGAAAUAACCUCAUUCUCAUCGAUGUUGGUAUUGGAUGUUUUGUCUUCUUUUUUGUCUGUCUGGUUGAAAUUAUUGUCUGA